AUGAUAGAAGAACAAACAAAUGAAAAUUUAAAUCCAAAUUAUUUAAGCAAGCUCGAUGUUCUUGCUGAAUUAGCAUCGAGUCAAAAACCAAUUAUUAAUGAUUUAUCAAUAAAACAAGAAUAUGAAACAUCAAUGAAUGAAACAAAUAUUAAAAAUGAAGAAACAAUAUCAACAAAUGAAAAUUCUAAUACAACAUUAGGACCAACAUUUGUUCUUAAAACAACACAAAAAGGUAAACCAUGUAUUUUACUUGAUGGUCAUAGAUAUAAACAUCGACGUGAUAAUCUCGAUGGUUCAAUGUCAUGGACAUGUACACAUGAAUUAUGUAGUGCAAGUGUACGAACAUUUGGUGAACGAGUUGUACGUCGUAAUGAUGAUCAUUUACAUGGACGUACAUUACGUGUUGAUCCUCAACAAGAAUUUUUAUCACGUUUAAAAAAACGUGCAGCUGAAGAUACAGUUACAAUACCAAGAAUAUAUGAUGAAGAAUUAGCAAGAUCUGUUGAUGAACAUUCAUCUGAUAUACGUUCACAUUUACCAUCAUUUUCAUCAGUUAAAUCAACAUUAUAUCGUCAUAGACAACGUGGUCAACGUAAUCAAACAUCAAAAUUAAUUAAAACUGAAUAUGAUACUGAUUGUAAAUUAUCAUCAGUUAAUUUAACAACAAAUAAUAAUGGAUGGAAUACAUUACCACCGAAAAAACGUCCAUUAACAAUUAAUGUUGAUUGUUUACCAACACCAAGUCCAUCAUCUUGUUGUUCUUCAUCUUGUUCAUAUUUAUCAUCUGAAAGUCAUAAUGGUGAAAAACGACGAAAAUAUUCAUCAACAUCAUCAACGACAACAACAACAACAACACAAUUGACAGAAGAUAAUAAUAAUAAUAAUAAUAGUGCUCAAAUGGCUGUUGCUGCUGCAUUUGAAUCUCAACAAUUGAUUGCUAAAUUUCUUUCAAAUCCAUAUAAUCUUUUAUUGGCACAAAAUUAUUUUGCUAAAUAUUCUUCAACGUUUGCCGAUAAUCCACAUUUUAUGCUGAUGCAUGCAUAUGCAUUAGUACUAUCUAGUCUUCAACAACAACAACUUAUGUGA